AUGGCUACUUCACUCACUUCGAUCCCCACCAAUCUUCCAAUUCUCACGACGAAGAAUUAUGAUAAUUGGAAAAUUCAAAUAAGAGUGAUCUUGAGGUUUCAAGGGGUAUGGAACCUUGUUGAAGAAGGUUGCAAAUUGGCUGGUGCAGGUGGAACAGAAGUUCAAAAGGCUGCAGAUAAGGAGAUCGAAAGGAAAGAUUGCAAGGCCCUGUACAUCUUGCAUCAAAGCGUCGAUGCAGCAAAUUUUGAAAAAAUCUCGAAAGCAGAGACAUCCAAGGAGGCCUGGGAGAUUCUUGAAAGGGUUCACGGUGGUGCAACGAAGACCAAGAAGGUGAGGCUUCAAACGCUGCGACGUCAAUACGAGCUUCUAUCAAUGGAAAGCAAUGAGACAGUGGUUGACUACAUCACUCGUGUUCAAACGAUGGUGAACACGAUGAAGGGCCUUGGAGAAAAGAUGGCUGAGCUACAGGUGAUUGAGAAGGUGCUACGCACACUACCCAUGAAGUUUGAUCACAUAGUAGUGGAAAUAGAAGAGUCAAAGAACCUUGAAGACAUGAGUCUUGAUGAGCUUCAAGGCUCUUUGGAGUCACACGAACUAAGGUUGAUCGAAAGGGGAGAGGAGCGAAAGAAUGAGCAAGCUCUCCAGGCACAGACUAACAUAAAUCCGACGUUCAAGAAGAAAACCAAGAACAAAGGAAAAUGA